GCACGCCCACCGAGGCGGAGGCACCUCCCCAAUCAGGACUCGCUCAUCAGACAUUCGCACCGCCCAAUCGGCGUUCAAUUCGCUCCCACCUUCGACUGCCGGAAGCUGCCGUUCGGCGUGAGACACGAUUCGGCCGGUAGUCAAACUGUUACGAUCCGCCGCUUGUCCUCUCUCUCUCAGGUUGAAUUAACAGGUCAUGGAUGAUGACACGGGGCAGCUUAGAAGAGCACUUAUUGAUGCAACUGCAGGUGCGAUUUCGGGUGGCAUAUCGAGGACUGUGACGUCUCCGCUCGAUGUAAUUAAGAUCAGAUUCCAGGUUCAAUUGGAGCCUAUUUCCAAGUGGGCGUUGCUCGGAAAUGAUGUGUAUCAACCCUCUAAGUACACCGGGAUUUUGCAAGCAACAAAGGACAUCUUCAGAGAGGAAGGCUUACGGGGCUAUUGGCGGGGUAAUGUUCCUGCACUUUUGAUGGUCAUGCCAUAUACGGCCAUACAAUUUAGUGUGUUGCAUAAGUUGAAAACCAUAGCCUCUGGGUCUUCAAAAUCAGAAGAUCACAUUAAUUUGAGUCCAAUUAUCUCAUUCGUCAGUGGGGCAUUAGCAGGCUGUGCAGCUACUAUUGGAUCAUAUCCAUUUGACCUGUUAAGAACAGUAUUAGCUUCACAAGGGGAGCCCAAGGUAUACCAAAACAUGAGAUCUGCUUUUGUUGAUAUACUUAAAAGUCGUGGGAUUCAAGGUCUGUAUUCUGGAUUGAGUCCCACCCUUGUGGAGAUCAUUCCCUAUGCCGGUUUACAGUUUGGAACUUAUGAUAUGUUCAAGCGCUGGACAAUGGCUUGGAACCAUCGCAGGCAAUCAGGCUUUAGUGAAGUUGAUUUUGCUCCUUCAGGAUUCCAGCUCUCUCUAUGUGGUUUAGCUGCUGGAAUAGCUGCUAAAGUUGUCUGUCAUCCCCUAGAUGUAGUGAAGAAGAGGUUUCAGAUUGAAGGCCUACAGAGGCACCCGAGAUAUGGAGCACGAGUAGAGAUCAACGCAUACAAAAACAUGUAUGAUGCUCUGCGUAACAUUUUUCUCCAGGAAGGAUGGGCCGGGCUUUAUAAGGGCAUAGUUCCAUCAGUCAUCAAAGCCGCCCCAGCAAGUGCUGUUACAUUUGUUGCCUAUGAAUUUACCUCAGAGCGGCUAGAAUGCUUUCUAAGGCAAAGCUUUCACAGUUUUCAUUCUCCGUCUACUACUGAGGCAAACAAGUAGACCUUUUCCUCAUUCUUUCGUCAACUUAUUUAUAAGCAAAGGGGCCCCCGAUGAUGGAAAUACCGGUCACUGGGGACUACUGCUCACCAAUGUUGCAUGAAAGCUCUCAAGUAAGUCUGUUUCAUGUCUCAUUUGGGGUUUUUGGAAGAGUAGUGCUUCUUUAAUCCAUUGAUGACACCAUCACAAUCAGGCAUGGAUAAUGUGUGUCACAGAUAGUCAUUGUUGUGAUACACUGCUGUCAAUCUUGGUGUCACCCUUGGUGUCAGUGUAGCAUGACCCAUUUUAGAAUGACCCUCACAACCAAAUCUUUUCUACGUAAUAUUUACACUAUGUUUGGUUCAAGGAAUUUGAAAGAGAAAAGAAAAGAAAAUGAAGUGGAAAACCAAUUUUCUUGUUUGGUUAGAGGGGAAAAGAAAGGAAAAGUGGAAGGAAAAGAAAAUGAGGAGGCAAAAUGUACCAAGUGGAGGGAAAAUCAAAUUCCUUCCAUUUUGGUGUGGAAAAUGAAAGAAAAUCAUUUUCUUUUCUUUUCCUUCCAAAAUCCUUGAGCCAAACAUAGUGUUAGAGAAGUUGGUAUUUCCCGUUCCUGUUUGAGUAUCUGUCCACGCCUCCUUGCAACAUAGUUCAUCGCUUUUUAAAAAUCCCACGGCCACCGGUAGCAUAUUUUGUGGCAAUGUAGAAUGCUGUCAUAUACGUACGUAUAUAAAACAUUUUGUUUUUUGUAAUAAAGGUUUAUGUGGAACUUCAUAAAUAUAGAUUCACUUG